AUGUAUUUUAUUGAUAGAUAAAUGUGUACGUCGCUCGUCGCUGCCCAAGAAUGCGAAAAAGUACAAUCGAUUCAGAAACGAAUUGCAUCUGGACCGCGGAGACUUCUACAUCCACGUUUCCGGUGUUCAACAAACUGAUUGGAUACCCUGUGAACAAUUUUGUUCACGUAGACGUGUUAAAAGAGAUAAAAAUAGGCGUUCUAUUUUUUUUAAAAGAGGUACGGCUCGUUUAAGGUGUACUGAAGGCACGUUUCGCGUGCAUAAUAUUUAUGGCGAUGGAAAUUGCAUGUUUCGAGCGAUUAGCUACAUUUUAUGGCGAAACGAGGAUGAACACCGAUACCUUCGUUCAAUGGUCGUGCAACACAUCAAGGAAAAUUGGCACGAGUACGGGCCUUUCGUGAUAGCUGAAUGGAACAUAUCGGAUAGACAAACUUAUGACAAUUACAUGAGCAUGGUGGGCACAUUUGCAAGUGAACUCGAAUGCACGGUGGCCACCAAGUUAUACGACAUGAAUCUGUCGAUUUAUCGCGAGAUAAACGACAGGCACGAGCUUAAACGAGUGUUUUACAAUCACGUUAGCUCUCACUUCGAGACAGCUAGGCUUUUAUUCACUGGAAACUCGGACAGCGGUCAUUAUGACGUGCUGGUUCCCGAUUGACGAAUGUUUUUCGAGCAAAAAAAAGAAAAAAAAAAAAAAAAAAAAAAAAAAAAAAAAAAAAAAAAAAAAA